GGGGAGCACAUUACAGACGCCACCCAAAACAACAGCCCGUCGGUGACACAGCCGCACCAAGCUCAGGGAGGCGUCUGCUGAGUUAGCGGGCUAAGCUAACCGGGACAGCGACGUGCUGUCACCUUCUCCCCCCGAAAUGAUCACUCGCCUGCUGUACCAGCUCCUCAACAACCUCCAUGUGGUGGAGAAGUUGGCGGAGUCGCGUCCCAUCCGCAGGGCGGCGCAGCUCACAGCCUACGCCAUCACCAAGGCUCAGAUCGCUGGGCGGGACGCCUCGGAGCGGGUGUUGCGGUCGCAGACGCUGCGGCAGGUCCGGGACGAGGCCGGGAAGCUCCCCGAUGACAUGGGGGAGGUGGGCAGGAGGCUGCGGAAGGUCCGGGAGACCUUCGUUCAUGAAGUCAAAGAAGGGUGGAAGGACGGGUCGAGGCAGAUUAAGAAGUGAGGAAGGAGCUCACCAUCGCCAAACUGCCGGAUCGAUGGUGACUGGCGGUUCUGGCUGAGGACUGGACCAUGAUGCAGAUUAUUCCACCGAACCUCCAAAGAGAAACUGGUGCAGGAUCUGGUUUGUCAAGUCAUGUCCAAGGCACAUGGAGAUUUUACCGAUACAAUGUAAAUAAAGAUGAUUUAUGAUGUUCAGAACUGACAAAA